AUGAUAUCUGUACUGCUACUGAUAUUCCUAGUCGAGCUCGGUGUUCACCUUGUGAAUACUGUCGGCGCCGCGACGAUAAAUAAUCUAUUAUGGAACCUAUAUCUAGCUCUCCCGACCGAAUUCUCGAAGCAGGCGGCAGAGAAGAAGACUCUGCAAAGGGAAUAUCUUACGAUCCGCCGCGACCUGAAUGCUACGAGCAGUCAGGACCAGUUUGCGAAAUGGGCAAAGCUCCGACGGCAGCACGAUAAGCUAUUGGAACAGUUAGAGAAGAUGAAAGCCUCAUACGAAAGCGCCAAGUCGAGAUUCGACAGUACCGUCAACAUUCUACGUUGGUUAGCGACAUCCGGGUUGAAGUUCCUCCUCCCUUUCUGGUACGCAAAGCAGCCCAUGUUCUGGCUCCCGCGCGGCUGGUUCCCAUACUACGCCGAGUGGAUUCUGUCCUUUCCACGAGCCCCCGUGGGCAGCGUUAGCAUCGCAUCGUGGCAGGUAGCCUGUGCCGGGAUAGUCUCAUUGGUGAGCGAUACCGUUACGGCAAUUCUAGGAUUGUUACGAGGUGCAAGCAUCGCAGAGAAACAACCAGUCAAGAUGACGGCAGAGAAGGACAUGAAAGCUAAUAUAACGCCCGCCGUCUCCAGGAUAAAGUCCCUCCUCAUAUUCUUCGGCCCAAUGCUCCUCCCCAAGGCCAUAACCUACUACCGCUCCGUCCGCAACGCGCCCCGCGCCGCCGGCGUCUCGAUACAGCCGGUGCCGCCGCAAGCUCUACGCGCCAUCGCCGCGCUCGUCGUGGGCGGUCUAGUCCUGCUCUUCGGCCUCCUUCCCAUCUUCUCCCCCGAGAACGUCUUCGUGCGCACGCAGUCCCGCCUGCAGAUCCCGACCGACGUACUCUUCAACCGUCUCGCGUCUCUACGCCCCCUCUCCGCCGCCGACGACGCUCUGCGCGCGCGCUUCGUAAACCUAGAGUCUAGAUUGCUAUACCUACAAUUCGGCCCCGAGGUCCUAGCCACCUGUCCCUUUUGCACCUCCGACGAUCCCCGCUCCUACUUCUACUACGCUCUUCCCGCGCUCCUCUCGCAACAUCUCAUCAACCUCGUUCUCGCCUCCCUCGCAACCUCCGAGCUCAUAUCUGGGUCCUACGGCCCUAAGUGGCGUGCCACCGCCGCCGUAGCCAGCGGUCUCGGCGCCGCUCUCGACGUAUACCUCGCCAACUCGUAUAACUACCAAGCGAACGCGCGAGCUACACGCUUGACCGACCUCGAUCCUUUCUUCUGGACCUCGCGCACGGCACGACACCUCGGGCUCGCAUCUCUCGAUUUCCUCCUGGCUUACUUGCUGUACCUCUCUAGCACCAACCGAGCCUUCGUCGCCCCGCCGAGCCCCGCCGCGCGCGUGGAAGCCAUAACGCGGCAACUGCAAGGGACGAAGGGACGGUUGAACGCAGUGGGGAUAAUUAAGAACACGGCGAACCGGGACGAGGAGCUACGGACACGCAGCCAGGCGUACUGGCGCCACGAGGGCGUGGUGAUGCAGGAGGUUAUGGAGGAGCGCGAGGUAGUCGAGGGUGUAAAUGAUGCGCUACAGAAUCGUAUUAAUAUUGGUGAUAUUACGAGAGACGCCGAUGCUUACGCGCUGAAUGUGUUGCCGAGGAUGGAAGAGGCGGUUACAUCUGAGAUGACUGUGGGAUAA